AUGGAGUGUCGGGCCCCUAAUCAGCCAAUUAUCACUCAGAUUACUGCGAUACGGGAGAGCUGGCUCCAGAACACCCAGGGAGAGGAUGCACCUUAUCACUUCUGCAGCCUUUGGUCUCGGAAUUCCAGUUGGCCUUCUGGCCAUCCGCCAUUAGAUGGCGACAACGUCACGGUAGAGCGAGGCCGCACCCUGCUGCUGGAUGCUGACACGAGCCUCCUCAACCUGCUGCAUAUCAAAGGUGGCAGUCUUAGGUUCCUGGGCCCGGGGCCCAUCCACCUCCGUGCCCAUUACAUUCUGGUGUCAGAUGGAGGGGAGCUCCUAGUGGGAGAAGACAAUGCAGUCUUCGCAGGAAAAGCCCACAUCACUUUAUAUGGAAGUUCUUAUACCGCUCCGUUAUAUCCGUACGGGGUUAAAUUCCUGGCUGUCCGCAACGCAACUAUUUCCAUGAAUGGCUGGGCUCCGAAAGUCAUUUUCACACACUUAGCGGCUGCAGCCAGAGCCAAUGACACAGACCUGGUGCUUGCCAAACCUGUUGACUGGCGUGUAGGGGAUGAAGUUGUGCUUUGCGGAGGAAGGUUUGAGGGUCUCAUCAAACAGCAAGAAAUUCUGAACAUACAAUCCAUCAAUGGCACACGCCUCUCUGUCAGCCCUCCUCUGAGAUAUUCCUAUGACAUUGUGAAACAAUUUCUUGAAACAGACUGGAUACUUCUAAGACCUGUUAUAGCUUUGCUAAGCAGGGAUAUUGUUAUACAAGGCAAUCUAACCGAUGAAUACCUCAGUCGUUACCAACGUUGUCAUCAAGUGGGGGAGUCAGAUAUUUCCGAAUGCCACUAUGACAGAAGUGAGAAAAUUCUCGGAUCUCAAGAUCUGGGUUUGGUUUUCAUGGCACAAGCUUUGAAAGAUGAACCGAUUCUAAUCCACAUCUCUGGAGUCCAGUUCCUCCACGCGGGCCAGGCUUUCAAUAAACCCCUGGGUGCAAUAAAUAUUAUUGGCAACGUUCCGAUGUUUGGUAUGAAGAUGCACAUUGGUUCUUAUAUACAAAAAUCCAUUGUGAAGGAUUCUUUUGCACGAGGAGGCAUUCUGACUGGAGUUUCACAGUUUACAGUGGUGGAAAAUAUCUUCUGCAAUAUUCGGGGUCACGGCCUGGUUGUAGGAGAACCUUUCCACGGACCUCUUGAAAUUAAGCAUAAUCUGAUGAUCAAGAUGUCAGGCGGUGACGGCCUCUCCAAUAUUGAGACACUGGCUCCGGCUGCUGUCUAUACCAGGUCACCUUCCGUCAUCAUAGAGGAUAACUGGGUGUGCAGCUCUGGUUAUGGCUACUUCUACCACCUGUCAUCCUCUGGACCUUCCCAAGCGGCACUGGGUUCAUUCAAGAACAAUGUGGCAGAAUCCUGUACAAGAUCUGGCUUUUGGAUUCACCCCGAAUACGUGCCCAUCAGCGUUGAGGUCCCGGCCGCGUUCCAGGACUUCACGGCCUGGAAGAGUCGAGGUGGAGCACAGAUCUCUCGAUGUGGAAACAUCUCUUUUAAAGGCUUCAAGAUCUAUUCCUGCCAAGAAUUUGGGAUUAAUAUCAGCGAAAGUAGCGGGAACACCGAGAUUUCAGAUAGUUUAUUGCUUGGCCGUUUGGAUGGCGAGGACAAGGCUUGCAUGGCGUCUGGUGUUACUACCCCGAAAAGGUUUCAGUUAGUCAUCUCUAACACAACUUUUAUAAAUUUUGACCGGCAGACGUGCAGCGCUCUGAGCACAUGUUCCGGCUGUAUGAGGGGACAAGGGGGCUUCACAGUAAAAACCCGGAGGCUUACCUUUGUAAACUCGCCCAGGAAAUCACUUUUCCCAUUUGCUCAUUCUGCCCUCGUUGAAGACGUCGAUGGCUCCUUCUUUGGCUGGAAAGGGAGCCACCUGCUGGCCACCACGGGUAUCCUCCCGUGCUGCUGCCUGGCAAAGGCCGACAUCAGCGGUGGCGAACUAGCCAGCAUCUGCCCAGCCGACAAUAAAUUCCACCGCAUGUCCAUCUCUUUAGGACGAGCACCCAUCAUCGGUUACAACGUGACAAUCAACAACAGCAGGAAUGGAAGCAGCACUGUGAAUUAUGUGGAAGACACUCUGUCCAGCUUGUACGGCUGGCAGGCCCUGCUCCUGGAUAAAGAAACUUACGCCAUCAAAUUCCAUUCCCCGGACAGGAGGAACGCGUUACAUUAUUCUGCCACUUUUGACGAUUUUGAAGCGGGAAAUUACAUGUUUGUACAGCACCGGAAUUUGUGGAGAUCGGUGAACAUCUCCAUAACUUGUGGGCUGGCACCUGGGAGACCGCUCCAGUUUGCUCCUCUGCCAGGGAAGAAUGAGGCCUGUGAUUGGUACUUCAACAGCGCUCUCGGAACACUGACCUACAUCGGUAAGAGGGCCAUUCAAAGGGAACUGAUCACAACGCACGCUGACCUUCCAGCUCUCUCCUGGUCCUGUUCCUCCAUCCUUGGAAACCAGCUUCUGGACUGUGUCCUUGCACAGCGUCUACACACCCUUUGGCACCUGUGCUGCUCUCUGUCCUCACGCUCCCUGUCUCCACUCUCAGAGUUGCUAGGGAAGCCUCCUCAACUAAUUUGGUCUUCUACCAGGUUAGCUGGUAAGAGGUUCUGGGAAAUGUUUGUGUUUGUACUUUGUCCCAGCACAGAAUUGUGCCGAGACUACAAACUGAGCUGCCCAUGCAUGGCUCUGUGUACACUUACAGGAACAUAUGCUGACAGGCCGGGAGAAUUAGUGCUGCCGCAGAGGAAGAAGGAGCGCAGGCAGAGACUUCUUAGGAGUGCACUCUGUGAGCCUAUACGUAACUUCCUCCCAGUCAGUGCUGCCUCGGAGGAAGAAGGAGCGCAGGCAGAGACUUCUUAG